AUGUCGUUGAAGAGCAUUGACGACAUUUCUCAAGAUGAAAAAGCUAAAAUCAAGAACUUUAUGCUCAAUACAGACAUGAGACAAUAUGUUCGUGAGUUUUUAGCACAAAGACUUGGUUACAAACAAGGAAUAUCAAAACCAUCUAUAGAAAUACCGCAACCUACAAUAUUACAGCCACCACCAGAUGGUUCACACGCAUUUCAAAUAACAAUUCUUUCAGCAAGAUCAUUCCUACGCUUUUUAAAUCCCGAUCCAUCAUCGAAAUUAGUUCUAGACUUAAAUAUUGCAGGAAGACGAUUUCGCACAAAGCCUGCAGAGGCAGAUGCUGAUCCUCUGAUUACAGAUGUCAUUAAAUUCAAUACAAAUCAAGAUUUUGAUACUAUUUCAAAAACGGGCAAAGCUACACUUUGUGCAGUUGUUUUAGCAGGAGAUGCAUCAGGUGUAUACGCGUCCGGAUCAUUUGAAUGGAGAACUGCUUUAAUAUCACCAAAUAAUUUCGCAAUUCAAUUAUAUGAUCCUCGAGGCGAUGCUGAUGGUGUUGUUAAUAUACGAAUAGAAGUAUCACCUUCUAUGUGUACACAAGAUGACAUUGAUGAUGUUUUUAAUAGCGAAACACAGAAAAAUUUCUCGAUAAUUGCUCCAAUAACGUCAAGAUUAAUACCAACUCCAUAUCAUGCUCUAAGAUUUUGCUCUUUACUUACACACGGAAACUUUGCUGUUUCUGCAACUGCAAAAAUUGUUCCUGAUCAAAGAGAAGAAAAUAACGAACGAGAAUGCAUUCUUAGAAGAUCAUUUAGCAUACAUUCUCUUCUUGCAAGUAGAUCAGGAACUCCACAAGAGAUUUGUUUCUUACUCUGUUCUCUUCUUUGUGGAUUUGGGAUGAAUGCAUUUGUCAGUGGAAGAGAAGUUAUUACAUUCCACGAACAAAAUAAGGCAUUUUCAUGGGAUUCAAUAACCGGAAAAAAAGUACCUAUCCUUAAUCUUGAACCGAGAAUUAUGAUCGGAUUAAAUACAAAAUUAGAACCUGCAACUCAAAAAUUGACUACUGCUAUUGACGAUCCACGAAUUUGGAGACGCGCGGACCUUCCGCAUUAUGCUCCUCCGAUAACUUUAUCUCAAUGCAACAAAAUUGAUAUAGAAAGAAUAGAGAAUGAGCUAAAGAGGAAAAUAUGCUUAGAAAGGCGUCAAAAAGUAACAAGUUUUGAUAGAAAUCUCGAAAAUGCCCUUCGUCCGCUAUUAUUCUCAAGCGAAAAUCAGAAAUUAAAUAAUGGUAAUGACUCAUGGAAGCCUCAUGUACAAUACUCUAUAGCUCAUUUGAUUCCAAAAUUCUCAACUUUCAGAAUGGAAACAAUGUGUGUUGGAAGUGUCAACGAAAAUGCAAUUUUCUUCACAAUUCGUGAUAAAUGGGCUGAGAUGCUCAAUUCAAACUCAGAAAAGUUCGCUUUAGUAGUAGGUUCGUUCCCAUAUGCCGAAGAUGUAUGUGCAACAUGGGUGAUGCUAGGUAAUAUUGUUAUGUUAAAAUAA